AUGAUCAUAAAUGUUGAAAGUCAAAGGUUGAAUGGAAGUGUGAGUAGUUUUGGUGGAAAUGUUGAUACUAGUGAUCAUACUGCUCUAAUGGGAAAUAGAGCACAUGGUGACAACUUCAGACCUAGUCACCAUGCUGGAAGCAGUCACUAUGGUGGCAACUCUGGUGGAAAUAACUAUCAAUAUAGUGGAAAUUAUUCUGGGAAUGGUAGUUAUCAUAGUGGAGGAAGUUCUGGAAAUUCUGGUGGAGGAAACUACUCUAGUGGUGGAAACCGUCCUGGUGGAAACUAUCCUAGUGGAGGAAAUUAUUCUGGUGGUAGAAACUAUUCCAGUGGUGGUGGCUACUCAGGAAAAGGGCAUCUUGUUUGUGAGUUUUGUCACUAUAAGGGACAUACCAGGGAAAACUGCUACAAGCUCCAUGGUUACCCUACUGACCUCAAAAACAAGAAGAGAGGCAAAGAAGUUAGAACUGCUCCAAACUAUGCUAAUAAUGCCACUACAGGACCAGAUAAUGUUGCAGAUUCAUCAGGAAUAUCUACAGUUCAUAAUAUACCAGCAACUCCAACUGCUCCAUUCUUCACACUUGAACAGUACAAUCAGAUCAUGCAGAUGCUACAAGGCAAACAAGCAGAGUCAGUAGCCAAUGCAGCAUCAAUUGGAACUGCAUGA